AUGAUACGCCAAACAUUGAUACAGGCAGCUAUCUUGCAACAAAAUUCCCAGAAUUUGCAGUGCUUGAAUCCCCCCAAACCUAUCCCUGGUACUCCCCCUUUUGCUUGUAAUGAAGCCCCAGACAACCUAGACAACCUAUUUGCUGAAGAUAUACCACCUACCAAGCCCAAUAUGUGGCAAGAAAUCCUGCACAAUUGCAUUUAUUAUGACUCCAACCGUGAAGUUGUUUUACCAGAUGAUGGGACUGGCACUCAAACUGGGACCAAUCAGUUGGAAGAACUGGAUGAUAUCAGUCUUAUAACAUUAUUGGAUUGCCUUGGUAACCUUGACAUGUCAACUUAUGGCCUCUUGGGAGAGGAGAUUAUAGAUGCCAAGAAUAUUAUUGAGUUGGUUGUAGAAGCUCAUACUUUCCUCAAAGAUGAAGACUUUGACAAACUCUCUUCAUUUGAUCUUUAUGUUAGAUACAAACCAUCCAAAGCACUUUUUGCCAAAUUAAUUAAACGUUACCAACCUAUCAAUAGCCCCAAGGGAACACAAAUUCCUUCUAUCAAACGCCUGCGUACCCAUGCUCAAGACCUAUUGGGACUAGCUGCCAGCCAACAUCAUUGUUGUGUCAACUCCUGUGUUGCGUUCAUAGGUUACUUGGACCAUUUGCAGGCUUGCCCAGUCUGUCACAAGUUGCACUUUGACUUGGCUGGGAAACCAAGGAAUCAUUUCAUGUCUAUCCCCCUCAUUCCUCAACUGCAUGCUCUGUUUACUUGUCCAAUUACUGCCAAGAAGAUGCACUAUUGA